GCUCCAAGGAGGGGGAGGGGGGAGGAGGGACGGCCGGUCCCGUCAGUCAGGCAGCGGGAGCCGCCGAGAGCGGAUGGCGGCGGCGGUAGCGGCCCCACUCGCCGCCGGGGGUGAGGAGGCGGCGGCCACGACCUCCGUUCCGGGGUCUCCGGGUCUGCCCGGGAGCCGCAGUGCAGAGCGGGCCCUAGAGGAGGCCGUGGCCACCGGGACCCUGAACCUAUCCAACCGGCGCUUGAAGUACUUCCCCCGGGGCGCGGCCCGCAGCUACGACCUGUCAGACAUCACCCAGGCUGACCUCUCCCGGAACCGGUUCCCCGAGGUGCCGGAGGCAGCAUGCCAGCUGGUGUCCCUGGAGGGCCUGAGCCUCUAUCACAAUUGCCUGAGAUGCCUGAACCCAGCCUUGGGGAAUCUCACGGCCCUUACCUACCUCAACCUCAGCCGAAACCAGCUGUCAUCGCUGCCACCCUACAUCUGCCAGCUGCCCCUCCGGGUGCUCAUUGUCAGCAACAACAAACUGGGAGCCCUGCCUCCCGACAUCAGCGCCUUGGGAAGCCUGCGGCAGCUUGAUGUGAGCGGCAAUGAGUUGCAGUCCCUUCCCACAGAGCUGUGUAGCCUCCCUUCCCUGCGGGACCUCAGUGUUCGGAGAAACCAGCUCAACACCCUCCCUGAUGAGCUGGGGGAUCUUCCUCUUGUCCGCCUGGAUUUCUCCUGUAACCGUGUCUCCCGCAUCCCGGUCUCCUUCUGCCGCCUCAGGCACCUGCAGGUCAUUCUGCUGGACAGCAACCCCCUGCAAAGCCCACCUGCUCAGAUCUGCUUGAAGGGGAAGCUUCACAUCUUUAAGUACUUGUCAACAGAGGCUGGGCGGCGUGGGGGGUCAGCACUGGGGGACCUGGCCCCUUCCCGCCCCCCGAGUUUCAGUCCCUGCCCUGCUGAGGACUUGUUUCCGGGACGUCGGUACGAUGGUGGGCUAGACUCAGGCUUCCACAGUGUUGACAGCGGCAGCAAGAGGUGGUCUGGAAAUGAGUCAACGGAUGAAUUUUCGGAGUUGUCCUUCCGAAUCUCAGAGCUGGCCCGGGAGCCUCGAGGGCCCAGGGAGCAGAGGGAGGAUGGCUCUGCUGACGGAGACCCUGAGCAGAUUGACUUCAUUGACAGCCACGUGCCUGGGGAGGACGAAGAGCGAGGUGCUGCUGAGGAGCCCCGGCCACCAGAAUUGAGCCCUGUGGCAGGGGACGGAGAGAAGGCACCAAACAGCAGGCGGGAGGAGCCUGCUGGUGAGGAGCGGCGACGCCCGGACACUUUGCAGUUAUGGCAGGAGCGGGAGCGGCGGCAUCAGCAGCAGCAGCAGCAGCAGCAGCAGCAGCACAGCGGAGCGUGGGGGGCCCCCCGGAAGGACAGGUCCGCUGCCUGCACUGCCGACCUCACAUCUCCUUUGCUUUCCAGUUUUGUGAAGCCGGGGGUCAGGGCUGCUGGCGGAGGUCCUGCGGCCUCAUCCACUCAGGCCUCCUACAAUGGCAUGCCCAAGUCCAGUGCCACCCAACUGGGAUCUUCAGGGGGGCAGGGAGCCUCCCCGGCCCCUGCCCCCACCCCUGCCUCCCAGGAGCCCCUUCCUGCAGCUGGACCAGCGACAGUGCCUGCUCCCCGGCCGCUCGGCUCCAUUCAGAGACCAAACAGCUUCCUCUUCCGUUCUUCCUCUCAGAGUGGCUCAGGCCCUUCCUCACCAGACUCUGCCGUGAGGCCUCGGCGACCCCCUCAGCUUCUGGACGAGAAGGAGCUGAUGGCACAGCUGCGCCAGGUAAUGGAGUCCCGGCUGCAGCGGCCCCUGCCUGAGGACCUGGCGGAGGCUCUGGCCAAUGGGGUCAUCCUCUGUCAGCUGGCCAACCAGCUGCGGCCCCGCUCCGUGCCCUUCAUCCAUGUGCCCUCGCCUGCUGUGCCAAAACUUAGUGCUCUCAAGUCUCGGAAAAAUGUGGAGAGUUUCUUAGAAGCCUGCCGAAAAAUGGGGGUGCCUGAGGCUGACCUGUGCUCGCCCUCGGAUCUCCUCCAGGGCACCGCCCAGGGGCUGUGGACCACCCUGGAGGCUGUGAAGCGGGUGGGGGGCAGGGCCCCCCCACCCCUCUGGCCCCCCUCUGGUCUGGGCGGCUUCAUCUUCUUCUACGUGGUCCUCAUGCUGCUGCUCUAUGUCGUCUACACUCGGCUCCUGGGUUCCUAGGACCUGAAGUCACCCUUUCCCCUGCCCUCUCCACCUAUUUCUAUUUAUAAGACUCCUGUGCAACCCCCAUCCCUACCAGUGGUGCCUUCAGUCCCUACCAAAGACACUAGUGAACCCUCUCCCCUCACACACACUGACCUCAGAGGCCCCACUCUGGUGCCCCCAGACCCUGGGCCCCCAGCCUCUGGCCACCCUCCUGUAGCCCCUUCCCGUGCCCCUCACCUCUCCAUGCUGAUGGUGCCUUCAUUCCCUCCAGGCCCUGCCCUGCCCUCUGCUCCCUCAGAGGGUAGAUCUCAACCUUCUUCCUUGUGCCGUCCCCCUCCACCCCAGUCCCCCCACUGUUAUGGGGAGCUAAAUUAUCUAUAUUUUGUAGAGAGAACUCUAUAUUUGUAGGAGUUGCAGGGGCCCAGGCUGGGUCCCUGUCUCUGUGUAUAAAUUGUACAGACCGUG